CUCCUGCUCCUCCUCCGGCAGCGCCGGGCACGGCCAUGAGGCGCGCGGGGCUGGGUGAUGGAGCACCUUCUGGUAACUAUGGCUAUACCAACAGUGGAUACAGUGUAUAUGAAGAAGAAAAUGAAAGGUUAACAGAAAGYCUGCGUACCAAAGUCAGUGCCAUUAAAUCACUUUCCAUUGAAAUUGGAACAGAAGUUAAAAAUCAAAAUAAAAUGUUAUCAGAGAUGGAUAAUGACUUUGACUCUGCRGGCGGACUUCUAGGUGCAACAAUGGGCAGACUGAGAACACUUUCCAGAGGGAGUCAGACCAAACUGCUGUGCUACAUGAUGCUCUUCUCGUUGUUUGUUUUUUUUGUAAUAUACUGGAUUAUUAAACUGAGGUGAUAAAAGUUAUCUUCAGUUUAAUUUGUGUAAUUUCAGCCAUAAAACAGUCUGAAUUAAUGAAUACGGUGAUCUARACUGACAUAUUCUGUCAAAACAUGAUCUUGCAGUAAAUUGCAUUAAGUUCUAAUGCAGUAUUCUUCUUAAUCUAUUGGAAUCUUUCACAUAAGCCUCUCUCCUAGAUGCAUUAUUUGUAGGUAUGCAGAAACCACUAGCACAUACAGUUGCCUUUUAUAGGGUAGAAUCUAUUUUUAGAAUUAGGUUAAACAAAAAAGCCCUCCAAAACAAAUACUGUUCAGAUAAGAAUUCAAGUGAAAAAUGUGAAACUUUCYGAGUCUGCUUUUAAUUCUAGACCAUGCUGUAAACUAGAGCUUCAGUUUCAGWCAUUUAGUUCUAGAAGUACGAAGAAUACUUGGAUCUUACUGAAUUGAUUUUUAUUUAUGUUUUUUUAAGGGACUGGCUUGAAGCUAACAAAUGUAAAAACGGUGCCCUCAGAACUAAUUUUGAUACCCAAAAGGUUGAGGGCUAAUAGUCUACAGAUUCUGGAAGCUUCAAAAUUGUUUUUUAUGGAGAAGCUGUGUAAAACUGGAUUUUUUUUUUUAAUUGAGGCUAAGUAAUACUUAAACAUCUGUUUCUUUAAGCAAAUACCUUUAAUUUUUCAGAUCCACCAAUAUGGACACAGUAAAAAUGUUUUCCAUAUGUUUUAUAUUUUACUGAUUCCAUUGAAUCACUAGAACUUUUACCAGUAGUAUAUUCACUUUUCCAUUAAUAAUGAUCUCUAAAAGUGCAUGAUAUCAGAAAUGUGAGGUCAGUUAUUUUGACUUUUGUACUGAGGUUUAUAAUGAUGCACCUGUUGAAGGUGCUGUCAGGGUAACUUCUUACGACUUUUUUUUUUGGCUCAUCAAAUAGUUUCUUAUGCUUGAACCUAUUACAGUGCUGAGUUCAACAUUUACAGAGUCAAUUGAAAUUGUAUCUACAUUUUUACUAACUUUUUWAAAAACGUUGUAUAAGUAUUGCCCUGAAUAAAUUAAUUACAAUCGAUAUAAAUAAAGCAUCUUGUAGUACUCCAGGUAUAUGUAGUUUGUUUGUGUGCAUUCUUUCCUAAGA